AUGGCUCCCCGGGUGGUCUGGGUCCUGGUCGCGCUGUCCGGUGUGCUGAAUGUGCGCUCCUGCUGGGCAUAUACCUGUCCGACCAUCUGCCGCUGCAGCACCGACACUAUCCAGUGCAGCAGAGACACUCAGCUGGCCUCCCGGGCAGCAGCAACAUCCGUGCUUCGACUAAGACUCACUCAUCUGUCCUUGAAAGAAGUUCCCAGUCAUGCCUUCAAGGAGCUGAUCAACAUAACAAUAAUCGAGAUUUCCCAAAGCGACUGCAUCACGCAGAUACGGAGACAGGCGUUCCUCUCCCUCCACAGCCUGGCUCAAAUCUCUUUGCAGAAUAUCAACAGUCUGAGGAUCAUUGAAAAAGGUGCCUUCACUGACCUGCCCAAACUGGAAUAUUUGAGCAUCUCAAACACAGGGAUGAUACACUUCCCUGACUUCACAACUAUCUCCUCCUUGGUGCCCAAUAUUAUCCUAGAAAUGGCAGACAACAUGAGGAUCGACAGCAUUCCUGCCAAUUCUUUCCAGGGUAUCACAGAGGAGUACGUUGACAUGAACCUGGUUAGGAACGGGUUCAAGGAAAUACAAUCUCACGCGUUCAAUGGAACUAAGCUCAACACAUUAAUUUUAAGAGACAACACGUUUCUCAGUAUCAUUCAAGAAGAUGCUUUCAAAGGAGCCUCAGGUCCAAAUUCUCUGGAUGUUUCCUCCACAGCGUUGAUUUCCCUCCCCCCUAAAGGACUGAGGCAGGUGAGGUUUCUGAGAGCUGACUCUGCUUUCGCUCUGAAGAGUCUCCCUCCGCUGGAGAGCCUUGCCGAGCUGCUGGAGGCUGAGCUCACGUACCCCAGCCACUGCUGCGCCUUCCACACAUGGCGUCGCAAACAAAGGGAAAAUGCCUUGAAGAACUUCACAAAGUUGUGUGAUCUCAGCAAAACAGAAAUGGAGCCCACUGCAGAUGGUGUGAACGAUUUUAAUGACAUCAACUUCCAGUAUCCAGACCUGGAACUGGAUUGUCUCAACGACCCCUUCGUCAAGUGCACGCCAAACCCGGAUGCUUUUAACCCUUGCGAGGACCUGCUGGGCUUUCGCUUCCUGCGCUGUCUCACCUGGAUAAUCACAGUUUUUGCUGUGACUGGUAACCUGGCUGUGCUGGUCAUCCUCCUCAUUAGCCACCAUAAGCUAACCAUCUCCCGAUUCCUCAUGUGUAACCUGGCCUUUGCUGACUUGUGCAUGGGACUCUACCUGAUGCUCAUCGCCUUCAUGGAUCACCACUCCCGUCACAAGUACUACAACCAUGCCACUGAAUGGCAAACAGGCCCAGGAUGUGGCAUAGCAGGGUUUUUGACAGUGUUUUCCAGUGAGCUCUCAGUAUAUACACUGACUGUGAUUAGCCUCGAACGCUGGCACACCAUUACCAAUGCCAUGCAUGUAAACAAGAGGCUACGGAUGCACCAUGUGACAGCCAUGAUGGCAGCAGGCUGGGGCUUCUCUCUGCUAGUUGCCCUGCUCCCUCUUGUGGGGGUCAGCAGCUACAGCAAAGUGAGCAUCUGCCUUCCCAUGGACAUCGACACACUGGGCUCUCAGGUUUAUGUGGUGGCUGUGCUCAUUCUCAAUGUUGUCGCUUUCCUGGUGGUCUGUUACUGUUACAUAUGCAUUUAUCUCAGUGUCCACAAUCCGGAGCACUCUUCACGCCAUGGAGAUACUAAGAUUGCUAAACGCAUGGCUGUGCUCAUUUUCACUGACUUCAUUUGCAUGGCGCCCAUCUCCUUCUUCGCCAUCUCUGCGGCCCUGCGGAUGCCCCUCAUCACAGUAUCUCACUCAAAGAUCCUGCUCAUCCUUUUUUAUCCCAUCAACUCCCUCUGCAACCCUUUCUUGUACACCAUCUUCACGCGGGCCUUCAGGAAGGAUGUGUGCCGGCUGUUGAGUCGUUGCGGCUUCUGCCACACAAAAUCUGACUUUUACAGGUCGCAGAUUCUGGCUUCACAUCUCACCCGUAAACAGAAAGUGUCUCCCAGUAAACCUCACUCACUUAGCUUCUAUUCCUAUAUUAAGAGGAAAGGUUGCUUUCUAAACAAGGGAACCACAUGA